AUGGAUCGUCUUCUGUUUAAAGGCGUCUACCCCCUCCCUCUCCCCUUCCCCUCCCCCCUCCACCUGAACACCGCUUCUUAUUGCUCCUUCUCCCUCUCACUCUAUCUCACUCCCUCCACCUCUCCCAUUCUCUCACCCCUCGUUUAUUUCCUUCUCGCCCAUUCUCCCCAUUCUUCCCCCUUCCCCUUUUCCCGCGCUGCUCCCCUCUCUUCCUUAUCACCCCUUCUCACCCCCUCUCUCUGCCCUUGGUUCUCUCGCUCGCUAUCUCAAUCAUGUCUCCUCACUCGUCCCUCUCGUCCCUCUGUGCUCAGCUUGCAAAAAAUAAUCGUUCCCUAUCGUACCCUUUUCUCCCUGCCUCUUCCUCAUGCACUUGCCCCAUGGCAUUCCUCCUGGCACUCCCCCUGCCCUUCCCCUGCCUGCCCCGCUACCGCCCUCCCCUUGCCCUCCCGCUGCCCUCCCCCUGCUCCCCUCUUGCCCUCCCCCUGCCCUCCCCCUUCCCCCCUCCGCCCUCCCCUUGCCCUCCCCUUGCCCUCCCCCUGCCCUCUCCCUGCCCGCCCCUGCCCUCUCCCUGCCCUCCCCUGCCCUCUCCCUGCCCUCCCCCUGCCCUCCCCCUGCGCUCCCAUCUGCGCCUCUCUCUCUCUUUCCUCCUCCACAGGUGAUGAAGGACUCAGUGGACCGCAUGGAUCGCAGCCUGCAGUCCCUCUUCUUCUACGAGGCUUUCCUCUACUACAACCCCCUCCUCAUGAUUGUACGUGCGCUGUCAACCAGUCUGCGCUGAUGGUGUGGCUGUGGGGCAUCAACCUGUACGGGCUGGCACACUCGCGGGUCAGCUACGCCAAGGUCUUUGACCUGGACCACAGCCACCUCACCCACACGCAAAUAUGGCAGGUGUCAGCAGCGCUCUCUCUGGCAGUGCUCUCCUCCAUGACAGCCUACAUGUUCCUCUUCUCCCACGGUCUCAUCAACCUUGCUGCAACACAACCUGUACUGAUGUACUGUUCUCUACCCCUCGCCCUCGCCCUGCCCUUUGAUGUGCUCUACGCCCCCUCUCGCGUCUACUUCCUAACCACUCUCUUUCGACUCACCUUCCCCCUGCAACCAAUCACGUUUGCGGAUUUCUUCGUGGCUGAUGUGCUUACCUCCAUGGCCAAGGUGUUGUCUGAUGUGGAGCGGUCUAUCUGCCGCAUGUCCCAUGGCCAGGUGGCGAGUAUAGCAUGGAUGGACGCAGGGGACGUGUGUGGCAGCCACUCCCUCAUGAUCCCCAUCGUGCUCGCCUUCCCCUACGCCUGCCGCUUCUUCCAGUGCCUGCGCCAGUACUCCGACACCCGCGACAAGUCCUGCCUGCUCAAUGCUCUCAAGUAUUCGACAGCAUUCCCGGUGAUCAUCCUAUCAGCCACCAAGUACCAUGUGCCUGUAGAGCGGUGGAGAGCGGUGUACCGCCCACUGUGGCUCAUGGCGUCUGUGGUCAACUCAUGCUACUCCUACUACUGGGAUAUAUCCAGAGAUUGGGACUUCGGGUGCUUUUCUGGUAACUGCAACUCGCGAAACCCUCUUCUCCGCAGCAACCUCUACUUUCCACAAAGAUGGGUGUACUAUUGGGUUAUGUGCUCCAACCUUGUUCUUCGCAUCUCCUGGACAUACAAGCUUUCAUCUCACCUUCGCAACAACCUCGCCACAACCUUUGUGGUCACAGCACUGGAAAUGGCACGCAGAUUUCAGUGGGUAUUUUUCAGAGUAGAAAACGAAUGGAACAAGAUGACGAUGCGUGCUGCUGCAUCAGCUGAGGACUUGAAGGACUUAGCGGCUUCCGAAGAUCAUUCUGAUGACAGACCGCUCCUUACUGUCACUGGCGGCAAGGACUCCCCACGAGAAGUCUAA